AUGGUGCUGGGUGCAGAGAAGCCUGGAAAAGGGGAGAGACCAGCACCACACACUGACAAGAGGAUUUACUUGUCCCACAUAUCAUAUGACAACCUCAGCCUCAUCAGGACGGUGUACCGUGACCUCACAAGACCAGAGCUGCUGGAGAAGUGCCUGAAGGGGAGGACACAGAACAUAAAUGAGAGCCUACACGGAAAGAUCUGGAGGAAGGCUUCAAAAGACAAAUUCUGUGGCCUACAUAGGACUGUCUUUGUGUCCCAGGUCACAAUCCUGGAGCAUAUCUUUGGGCACAGUGAAGCCAACCUCCUGACCUCGCUUGGGUUCAAGAGGUCCUCCAACUUCAUAGAUUCUCUUGAGCGGAAGGAAAAGAGGACAAGCUGGGUGGGGUCAAGCAGCCUGGCAGUGUCGAGGGUCACCGCCCCCCUCGUGGUUGCAUUGUGUCGUCGCAAGAGCACCAGACUCACGGCUGUCAUCGGGGGUCUCGUCAUGGCCCUCGCCGUCCUCUUCGCCUCCUUCGCCCUACACCUACACCAGGUAUUUCUCAGCUAUGGCCUGGUGCUGGGUGUGGGCGUGGGCAUGACGCGCGAGGCCGCCAACCUCAUGCUAGGCCAGUACUUCAGGCGGCGGAGGGAGUUCGUCGAGAUCAUCGCCCAGUCCGGCUGCGGUAUCGGCGUCACCCUCUUCUCCGUUUUCUUUAAGGAGGCGAUAAGGUCAGUUGGGUGGCGGCUGGGGCUGCAGGCCGUGACUGGGGUCGUCUUCUCCAGCUUCUUCCUGGGGAUCUUCUAUAGGUCAGCCUCCCUUUACCACCCCCAGCGGCGCGCCAUACUGCACCUCAAGAACCAAAAGAGGAAGCAAGUGAAGGACAAGUAUAAAGUGGACUCCGAGAAGCCUCCAUAUUUUGACCUGACUUGCCUCAAGCUCAGAUCGGUACAAGUCCUCAUCACCACCGCCGCCGUGGCCUCCGUCGGCCUUUACACACCUCUCUUCUACCUCAUACUGGAUGCACAGACGGAGGGGCUAGAGGACUCUGCACUCAUCCUUCUGCAGACGUUCCUUGGGUUUGCUUACGCACUGGGCUGCAUCGGUUUUGGGCUGAUCGUGGUGAGGCAGAGCGCCCAGUGCAUGAUCUCCCGCCAAUACUUGUGUCAGGCCUCCAUGUACGGGCUGG